CAGCGCGUGAGCCGCAUAACGCAACCUGAUAGGUGGGGCUAAUAGCGGCCAGAGGAGGGGCUUGUGGGCCGCCUGAGGCGGGACAGCUGCGAUGGAGGCGUCAGUUAAGCUGAACGGGAUUCAGCCAGUGGAGGUGGAUGCGUGCGGCUCUCCGUGCUUCAGCUGCUGGAGCGCAGCCAGGAGCUGCGAACCGCGGUACGACCGGACUGUGUCUUGGUGGACAGGCAUGUAACACUGCAAUUAUCUGGAGCUUCUAAACUGAAUUUUAAAAAUUGUGGAAAAUAUUUAUCAAGACCGAAUUAGCAAGUGGUGAACAUCUGACCACAGAAUACCUAUGAAUUCAUCAUUACCACUCUCAGCUUCACCCCAGAAUCCGAGCACAGACCUUGAGAGCAGCACCAUUCAGAAACAGAGGAAAGAACUCCAGCUGUUAAUAGCAGAACUGAAAGAUCGUGAUAAGGAGCUGAAUGACAUGGUUGCAGUGCAUCAGAGACAGCUGCUAGCCUGGGAGGAUGAUCGACAAAAAAUACUGACUCUGGCAGAACGCUGUGGCAGGCUAGAAAAUGAACUACACAAAAGAAAUGAGAUGAUAAGAACAUUAACACAAAGAUUAAAGGUUUUAGAAUCUCAGCAGAAUGAUCGUAGGACAACACUUGAAAAUACUCAACAGAAGCUUCAGGAACUGUCCCAAAAAGCAACAGAUGCAACUCUUCAUUGUCAGGCCCUGGAGGAGAAAAAUCAAAGUCUCAACUGUUCAGUUUUGGAGCUGUCUGCUAAGAUAGGCCAGUUACAAGCUAGAGAACAGGAACUCAUUACGAUGCUAAAGCUAAAGGACAAAGAUAUACUUGAAGCAACCAAUCACAUUACUGAAUUUACAUCUAAAUUUAAAAAGUUGGAAAGUGCAUUGCAUACAGCUAAGAUGGCGGAAUCCAGUAUCAAUAAAGAAAAGCAGGAUUUCAAACUGAGACUGAAACAAUUAACAUUUGAAAUGAAUAAAUUAAAAGAUGACCUCAGUGAAAAAACGAAAGAAACUAAUGAGCAGCGGGAAGAAAUCAUGUGCCUCAAACAGGAAAACAAUUACUUGAAGAAUGAGCUCCUACUUAAUGGUGAGUGAAGGGCUUUAGUGCCCAACUCUUGCUGG